GAAGGAAACAGGCCGGACCCGGAGUCGACAGGUGAAAGAAUGACGCGCCUGGCCGAGGCCGCCGCGAGCAGCGUGCCCGCGUGCGCAGGGCGGGGAGCCCGACUCCGCCGCACCCAAGGCGGCAGCCAUGCCGGCCCGCUGCGUGGCCGCCCACUGCGGCAACACCACCAAAUCUGGGAAGUCGCUGUUCCGCUUCCCCAAGGAUCGGGCCGUGCGGCUACUGUGGGAUCGCUUCGUGCGGGGCUGCCGCGCUGACUGGUACGGCGGCAAUGACCGCUCCGUCAUCUGCUCUGACCACUUCGCACCGGCCUGUUUUGACGUCUCUUCGGUUAUGCAGAAGAACUUGCGCUUUUCCCAGCGCCUGAAGCUCGUGGCGGGCGCUGUGCCUACCCUGCACCCGGUGCCCGCCCCAGCACCUAAGCGGGGAGAAGAGGGAGACCAAGCGGGAGGCCUCGAAAUGGGAGGAGAGCUGCACGCAACCGGGCAUUCUGAGGCUGCCCCGGGUCUGGCCUCCUGUACACGCCUCCGGGCCGGGAAGAGGACUGCGGCUUCACAGAUUACAUGUGAAAAUGAAAUUAUGCAAAAACAAGUCCAUGUUGAUAAUCUAUCUGAUGAUGUCCCUUCUGUACCUACUCACUGUGAAGAAGGCCCAGUGCAUAAAAGUACACAAAUUUCUCUGAAAAGACCCCCUCACCGUAGUGUGGGUAUUCAGGCCAAAGUGAAAGUGUUUGGAAAACAACUGUGUAACGCAACUACUCAGACAGAUGAAUUAUGGUCUAGAACUUCCUCUCUCUUUGAUAUUUACUCCAGUGAUUCAGAAACAGAUACAGACUGGGAUAUCACAAGUGAACAGAGUGAUUUGUCUUAUAUAGCUGUGCAGGUGAAAGAAGAGACAUUUUAAAAUAACACAACAUCAAAUGCUUUGAUGUGCUGGAUUUUGAAAUCUUUACUCACAUAAUUAUCUCUUUGUUGUAAAUCUUUCCAUCCAAGAUAAUUUGACAGUCCAGUGUCAGCAAAAUUUGUUUAUCUCUAAGACAAAAAUGUACCUGCUUGCCAAAAUAACGAAGAUAAUCCUACCCACAAAUAUUCCUAUCCCUUUCACCUUUUUACCCUUUUUAUCCUUUUGGUGGAAAUCAGGUUGUAAAACAAAACCACAAUAGCAACAACAUUUCAGAAUUAAGCAUUGAAUAUUUAAGCUUAGUUCAAGCAAUGCUCCUAAGGGACUUAUUUGACAUUUUCUAGUUAGAAUGUCACUAUUUUAAAUAAUUUGAAGAUAAAGAGCAAAAACAGUGAGUACAGCAAAGUUAUUAAACCUUUUAAAUGAUGAGGAGUGAAGCCAGGACAUUCACCCUUGACUAUUUAUUUUCUAUAUUAUUUAUUUAUUGUUUGCCUAUUUGUCAAGUAUGACAAAUUAGAUUUAUGGAUCAGUCCCUGUGAACAUUUCUUGUAAAGCUAUGGCUUUCACAGAAAAUUUCUGAAGGGAGUCAAUAUAGAGAUAGAGUUUCAUACAUUACCUUGAUGAAAUCUAUUUGCAUCUGUUUCUGCUGCAAUACAUAAGCUUGAUUAAUUUAGAUUGGAAUUACUAAAUCCAUGCAAAAGAAAGUGUUAGAUUUUUACCAUAUUUCCAUUGCAUAUUCUUAUUGUGCAGAAAGAAAGUGUUACAUUUUUACCAUAUUCACAUUGCAAGAGUCAGUUUUUCCUCUAUCAACACCUUCUAUUGGAUUCUACAUUUGGGAAAUAAGCAAGCAAAAAUUAGCUGCCCCAUCUGCUAUUCACCAGGAAAAUUUCUAUAGCAAAUUUUGUACCAUGAAGUAGAUUGUUACAAUGGUUUCUGAGAAACUUACUGUAACUCUGAUCUUCUAUAGAGAAUAAUAAAAAUAA